AUGGUAACUCGGAGGUUGUGCAUGUGGCUGGUGGUGGGGUCCUACAUCGGGGGUGUCCUGAACUCCAUCAUACAGAUGACCUUCAUCAUCAGGCUGCCCUUCUGCAGCUCCAAUGUCAUCAACCACUUCUUCUGUGACGUUCCUCCCCUCCUGGCUCUGUCCUGUGCCAGCACCUACAUCAAUGAGAUGAUCCUCUUCUCCUUGGCCGGUGUCAUUGAGCUCAGCACCAUCUCCACCAUCCUGGUCUCCUACAUCUUCAUCUCCUUUGCCAUCCUGAGGAUCCGCUCAGCUGAAGGCAGGCAAAAAGCCUUCUCCACCUGUGCAUCCCACCUGACAGCAGUGACCAUGUUGUAUGAGACGACAAUCUUCAUGUACUUACGCCCCAGCUCUAGCUACUCCCUGAGCACAGACAAAGUGGUCUCUGUCUUCUACACGGUGGUGAUCCCCAUGCUCAACCCCCUCAUCUACAGCCUGAGGAACCAGGAGGUGAAGGAUGCUUUCAGGAGAACAGCAGAAAGAAUCACAGUCAGGCUCUGA